AUGCCCACUGUAUACCCUGGGUAUAAAGUGAAAGGCAUAAUCCGCCAGUACGCCCACCUAAUCGUAAACCUUGAACGCCAGACCCCAUCAGGCUUUCCAAAUGAUAUCAAAUCGGUAUACCUUGAGAUAACACUACUCGACAACCUGUCCCUCAGAUUGUGGUUCGCAGACUCUACUAAUAAUACCAUAAAUAAGCGAUACGAACCACCCAUACCUCAAAUAAAUCUACCGGACUUUCCCGCCGUUUAUGACCCGGUUUAUAUUGUCGAUGCCACCCUUGAAGUUAAAUAA